UUCUACUCUCUUUUCACAUCACUGCGUGACGUAAUAAUAAUUGAUAAUCGAUCGUUUACGUUGGUUAGCAACAAGGCAAUAAUUUACGAUUGUGCAUUGUUACCGACGCCAAUUUACAACGUGCUGUGAGACAGUGAGGAUACAGAAAAAUAAUAUAUUGUUAUUAAAACAUUCAUUUUAUUACCUGCAGAGAAGAUGUCAUCCAAAAGAGCAUAUCGUAUUAUACAAAAGCUACCUGCAAUUCUGUCCGAUUCCGAUUCUGCGAGUGAAAGCUCAGAAAAUCAACAAGCUAAUACAAAAGCACCAAAUACAAAUAAUAUAACGUUAAACGAAGAACCAUUGGCAUUGUUAAAUCGUCAAUAUAUUGAACUAAAAUAUGACAUUAAACAAAUUUUUAACAAAUUAGAAUGUAUCGAAAGAUUGCUAAAUAACGUAGCAGUUACUGGAAGUAAUUCUGGAAUUGUGGAUGGUGAAAAGUCUUUUUUAGACCAGUUGCCACUGGCAUCUGUUACCGAAAUGAAUAAUUUCGAUACUAUGAUCUCAGAAAGUUCUGAAAAGUUUAACUUACUGGGUUGUAUUCCUCAAAAUCUAUAUCGAUAAAAUUAUGGUACAAUUACUAUAUUUAGUUGGCAGAGAAACAAACAAAAAAAUAAUAUACAACAUGCUUCACAAAUUAAUGACGAACGAAGCAGCGACCUUUUUUUCGGGACAGGGAAGAAAAAAAAAAUUAUCUUUUAUUAAUUUAAAAUUAUAUGAUGCUGUAACUGGUAAGUACUUAUCAUUUUUACGUUUGGUUAUAAUAUAUAUAAUAUAUAACUGAUUUUAUUUUUUAUUUCACAGUAGCAACAAGAAGAAGACAAGCGUCCAUUACGAAUGUGGAAAUCAAACAAACAAUAUCUUUAUUUUUGGCGA